AUGUCUUUCCUAUCCAAUGCCCUCAUUGGAAAUCCCUUCUCAACUCCGGUUGGAAGUAGGAUAGAACAAGCUACAGAUGGCACCCUUGCUUCAGAGAAUUGGGCGCUCAAUAUGGAGAUAUGCGACCUCGUGAAUGAAACAGAAGAAGGUCCCAGAGAUGCCAUAAAAGCGAUCAGGAAGAGGCUGACUCAGAACGCUGGGAAAAAUUAUACCGUCGUCAUGUACGCCCUGAUCAUACUGGAAACAUGCGUGAAAAACUGCGGAAAGCGCUUCCACAUUCUGGUUUGCAACAAAGAGUUUAUAUUGGAAUUGGUUAAACUCAUAGGCCCCAAAAACGACCCCCCCACGGCCGUUCAGGAGAAGGUCCUCAGCCUCAUCCAGUCAUGGGCCACAGCUUUCCAGUCGCAACCGGAAAUGUCCGGAGUGCUGUCCGUGUACCAGGACCUGCUGACCAAAGGCAUCGAAUUUCCAGCCACCGAUCUGGAUUCUCUGGCUCCCAUUCACACUCCAAAAAAGAGCGUGACGGAAACUCCGAUAUCGGAAGCCCAGAUAGCCGUCGAAGCGUCCCCGCCGCAACACCUCCUACCGGCUCUGUCCACCGGAGGCGGUCCAGGCGGUCAGCUGACACCCGAGCAGCGCUCCAAGCUGCAAUCCGAGCUGGACGUCGUGCAGAGCAACAUGGCCGUGUUGGGGGAGAUGCUGUACGAGGUGAAGCCGGGCGAGGAGCAGCCCGACGAAUUGGAGUUGUUGCAGGAAUUGUACUCGGUGUGUCGCAGCAUGCAGGACCGUCUCGUCGACCUCAUCAGCAGACUGUCCAACGACGCUUUGUGCGAGGAACUGUUGCGCAUCAACGACGACCUCAACAACCUCUUUUUGCGGUACUCGCGCUGGGAGAAGAACCGGCCGACGGCAGAGGGGAUGGAGGGAAAAGGGGUAGGGUUGGAGGGCAAGGGGCGGCCCUCGGCGUCUGCGGUGCUCGCCAGGGCUGUGCCGCCGCCCCAGCAGCCGUACGGCAAGCCGAAGUUGGAGAGCGAUGACAGCUUGAUCGAUUUCGAGGAUGAUGUGGGCGACAAGUUCGGGAAGAUGAGUGUGAAUAAUGCUUCAGGUGACAUUUUUUCCAAUAAACUCAGCCUUGGUAGGAAUGAUGAUGAGUUUGACAUGUUUGCACAGUCCAGAAAUGUCACUUAUGAAAGUUCAAAACAGAGUGGGAGCACUUACAAAGAUAACCUCAAUCCAGACCAAAUUGCUGGGGGCUUGAGCACUUUGACUCAAAGAAAAGCAACUAAUCCUGAAGACUUGGAAAUUGAUGAAAUGGCCAGUUGGCUUGGAAAAACUACUGGUGUCGAAGAAUCGGUGACCAGCAGCGACUUCGAGCGGUUUUUAGCCGAAAGAGCAGCCGCUGCGGAAACCCUUCCGACCAUAUCCUGUUCCAAUGCGGCCUCUCCGAAGCCGAGCAAAGACAAGAAGGCGGACGCCUCUGCCUUGUUAUAA